UUUGUUGCGCUGCUUUUCGUUGCGUUCCAUUGCGUUCCGUUGCGUUGCGUUGCGUUGCGUUGCACCCCUGUGUGAUCCAUGUCCUUUCGCGAGCAGCAGCAUCAGCCGCCGCAGCGGCGGCGGCGGGACGGCGGCGGGGGAGACCGGGACCUUGGCCASCCCCCGUCUUCCCUGGAUCGCCGGGGGGGUCCGCAGACGCAGAUGCAGSCGCWGCCGCUGCCRCUGCGCCGGGACCACCCCGAUCGCCCGCUGCCCCGGCACCCCGAGGGAAACCGGGGGCACGGCCGGGCGGACUUGCCGUUGCCGUUGCCCCCGCAUUCCGACCGGAACCAUCCGCAGCAGCAGCAGCAGCAGCAGCAGCAGCAGCAGCAGCAGUGGCAGCACCACCACCGGCAGCGGCACGAUCCACACCGCCACCCGGCGGGGGCACCGGUGCCGAGGAACGGUAACUAUAACUCUAACAAAACCAAAUUCAGAGACGACCAUCCAAUCACAAACACAAAUCAAUACACAAACCAAUACACAAACACAAAUCAAUACACAAACCAAUACACAACUAGCAAUAACAACACGAGCACUGCCUCGAACGCGGGCAGUGCUGGUGAACGCAACAAUCCAUACACAAAUACAAAUACCAACACCAAUCCAAACACAAACCAAUACACAAACACAAAUAGAAAUAACCCAAACACAAUUAACCCAAAUACCGGUGCCAAUCCCCGUGCACCCCAGCCGGCCCACGCCCACGCCCACGCAACAACCACCACCACCACCACCACCACCACCCCCGGGGGCCGUUCCCGGACCCGCCGGUGGUCCGACAUGACCCGGACGAUCGCGCACUACGAGCGCAUCGAGCAGGUCGGCGAGGGGACCUACGGCCAGGUCUACCGGGCCCGGUGCWMGGACACGAACGCCRUCGUGGCCAUGAAAAAAAUACGCGUCCACCACGGGGCCCACUGGGGGAUGCCCCCGACGGUCAUCCGGGAGAUCAAAAUCCUCAAGACCCUCGUCCACCCCAACCUGGUGCGGAUGGUCGAGGUGGUGACUUCCAAGGGGGUGGAGCACCUGGACGCGGACGAUUACCACAAGGGAUCGGACCGCAGCCGAAAGAAACACAAACAACAACAACAACAGCAGCAGCAGCAACAACAGCAGCAGCAACAACAAAAUGCGCAGUCGCAGAACCCGGCGAGCGGCAGCGGCAGCGGGAGACCCAACAACCACCAGACCGAUGCGGAGAACAACAACAACAACAACAACAACAACAACAACAACAACAACAACAACAACAACAACAAUAAUGGUAAGCAAACAACCUCCACCGACGUAGCCGACGCCGCCCGCGAAAGCUACAAGGGGAACCUCUUUCUGGUCCUGGAGUACGUCCCGCACGACCUCACGGGCCUGCUGGACGUGGCCUACAAAUUCAGCGAGGUAGAGAUCAAGUGCAUCUUCCACCAGCUCCUCGAGGCCCUCCGGUACAUGCACGACCGGAAGUACGUCCACCGGGACAUCAAGUCCUCGAACAUACUCAUCGACCGGAACUUUCGCCUCAAGCUCGCGGACUUUGGCCUGGCACGGUCGAUCGAGCCGCCACUACUAGAUAAACUACACGAGUACGUACAAACCAAACAAACAAAACAAACAAACAAACCCCACCAAACCAAAAUGAAAAUGAAAAUGAAAACACAAGCCUACUUUUUUUUUCGCAUACUCUUUUUGGUUUUUUGUAGGGUGCCACGCCCACACACUCACUUAGUACCGUAGACCAAUACGAUCCUAGUAGGGGUGUGGCGGGAGUGCCCCUUGUUUUGCCUGUUGGGAUCUUCCGGGAUCCGGCGCGCUAGACACCCCGGGCACCUCCAUUGCUUCCUUUCCUUGCCCUUUUUUUUCGUGGUGUUUCUUUUUUUCCCUUCCGGCUUCUGGCGGAUCGGAUUUCCUUCCGUUCCUACCUUCCUUUCUUUCUUCCUUUCCGUUUUCUCACAGUUCUCUUUCCGGUUUUUCCUUUCUUUUCGCUCCUUUUUCUCGGCCCGCUUCCGCUUCCCGCUUCCGCUUCCCGCUUCCGCUUCCGACGACAGCCGGGGAAACACGCAGGAGUUCACCAACAAGGUCAUCACCCUGUGGUACCGGCCCCCGGAGCUCCUGCUGGGGGCCACCCGCUACGGACCGGCGGUCGACAUCUGGAGCGCGGGAUGCAUCCUGGCGGAGCUCGUCCUGGGCCGGCCCCUCUUCACGGGAAAGACCGAGAUGGAGCAGCUCCAGCUCAUCUUCGACAUGGUCGGGACGCCCACCAGGCAGUCCUGGCCGGGGGUCUACGACCUCAAGCUCCUCCGGACCAAGGAGGUCACCAUCCACGGGGACAAGGACCGGAAGCGGCCCAAGCUCCGGGAGCGGUACGCCGACAAGAUGAACGCCACCGCCCCCGGGGCCAUCAACCUGGUGGAAAAACUACUGGAGCUGGACCCCUCCAAGCGGCUCACGGCARCCCGGGCCCUCGGCAACCGGUACUUUUUGGCGGAGCCCCGGGCACCGGCCCGGCCCGAGGACCUCGGGGAGAUGAAGCUCGCGGCCAACGGGAGCUUCCACGAGUUCCAGACCAAGAAGAAGCGCAAGGAGGCCAAGGCCGAGGCCGAAAARGCMCGGCGGGCCGCCCUGGAGGGAGGGCAGACCAGCAAGCAGGCCCAGGAGGAGUACGAYGCGGCCUACCGGACCCGGAUGGAAAAGGUCGCCCUGGARGGGCUGGGWGCGGACGUCGGGGGAACCAAGGCCCGCMRGGUGGACGGGGAAGAGCCGAUGCCCSGAACCGGAAGCAGGCCCCCCACCGGGCCCGGCCCCGAACACCASGGGGGAUCUCCCCCUUCCCACCACCACCACCGYGGCGACAAGAAGAAGGCCAGGGAACGCAGCGGAGACCACGGGAGCAGGAGGGACAGGGAGAAGCACGGGCCCGGCGGAGGUCCGAGCGAACACGGCGAGGCCGGCGACGGGAGGGGGGACCACCGCGGGGACGACCGUUCCGGGAGCCGGCGGCGAUCCUCCGACAAGACCCGGGAAAAGGACCGAGAACACCACCACCACCACCACCGCCACCGCCAAGAAUCCUCCUCCUCCCGCGGCCACAAGCGGGAGCGGAGCCACGGCGAGCGAGAACCCUCGGAACGCCGCGAGAAGAGACACCACCGGACGGAUGGUUCCUCCUCCGAUCGACACCGCGACCGAGACCGCGACCGAGACCGCGACCGCGACAGAGACCGAGACCGCGACAGAGACCGCGACAGAGACCGAGACCGAUCUCGUUCUUCCCGCAGAACCUCGGAAUCGGACGACCGUCGGAAACGGAAACACCAAGAACGGGAAAAGCACAAGGAAUCCCGCGGCGUUUCUCGGGACGACCGGACAUCAUCUCCCAAGGAACCGGCCGAGGAGGACGCAAACAGGCUUUUCGACGAUGCCAAGAAGAAAAGGAAAACGGACGCCGAAACAGAAACAGAUCGUGCGAGGGAAAAGGCAGCAAAGUCGCCGAACGCCGAGGCAAAAGACGAUCUCACGGCAGCGAGGAAGCUCAACGAGGCAGCCUCCGAUGACAAGCCGCCAAUGGAAAUCGGUGAGAAGCCAGGACCGGCACCCAAGGAUCCCCCCAAGCGUGUGGGCAGAACCGUCGACAGGGACAAAGAAACAGAAACCGUCAGGGAAACCGCACCAUCCAAAGACGACGAAGCGUUGCAAUCACAAAGCAGGGACCAAAAGGCAGACUCGGCCAGAGAAACAAAAACCGCCGAGGAGUCCGCACCCCCUAAAGAYGGAGAAGCAAAGACGGUUCCGGCUAAAGAAACCGCAAUCUGCAAGGAUACCCCUGCUCCCGAAAAAGCUAUKCAAUCACGAGGUGGGGACAAUGAAGCAGAUCCGGCCAAAGAUACCGGAAUCUCUAAGGACAGCGCUCCUCCAAGAGACAAAGAAUCUCACCAAACAGAAAGCGGGGAGAAAAAUUCAGACUCGGCCCCCACAGAACACCAUCGGUCGCGCUCGACGUCCUCGCGUGGCGACAAAAAUCGUGACCGCACCAGAGAUAGAAGCCGUGAAAGGGAUUCGAAAAGUUCCAGAAGGGAUCGCCACGAUCGGGAUCGGGAUCAUCGCAGCAGGCGUUCUUCCAGGGAUAGCGCCGAAGAGCGCUCUUCCGCUGGCGGAGAGAGGGACAGAGAUCGGUCCUCKCGAGAACGAAAGGCCAGCAAGAAAAAGAAAAGCCGAACCCGAUCCCACGAAAACGGAGGCGAGGGUCACCAUGAUCACGACGAGAGGGAACGACGUGACCGAAGGGAUCGAGAUCGAGAUCGACGCUUUCGAAACGAGGAUGCKAGAGGCAGGGAUCGACACCCACAUCCCGACGAUUGGAGGGGAGGAGACGAUCAGAAUCGUCAUGGAAUGGGCGAGCGUCGCGGUGGACCCCCAUUUCCGCCUCAAAUGCACCGUGGAGGAAGUCCGCCCCGUGGGGACUUCGGUGGACCACCUCCUCGAGGCGGUCCUUAUGGCCACGACGGUGACAGGGGACCCGGUUCGUGGGGACSCGACUUUGGCCGUGGUCCACAUUCUGGUGGUCCAAGAGGCGAUCGGGGUCCUCUUCCCCCCCGGGGCGUUGGUCCCGGGAGAGACUUUUUUGGCCCACCCGAUGGAGGCAACCGGGGCCCCCCUCCCAUGCACGGCAGAGGCCCCCCGAUGGGAAACCAGCAUGGUCCUCCUCCCCCCGGUCAUCGCGAUCGCGAUCGUGGUGGCUGGCGAGAUCGAGAUAGGCGGUAAUUGUUCAACUCGGAAUAGUACCAUCAGUAAUGUAGAUAAGUAAUGAGAAUGGAAAAUCGAUAUUUUGCUAGCGAGAUGGUUACCAAUAACUUUCUAGGCUGCGU